CUUUAUUUAAAAUUUUAAAACAUCAUGUUUGCUUUCGAUGACGCCAUAUUGUAUAAAGUGCUGAAACGGAUUAAACGGAAUGACGUCCAAGCAGUUCAAGUUUUGAUAUGAUCCGUGCGUAUCAUGCAUGAGUCGGGAAGCAUCGAAAAUCACGCGAUACACGACGACGCUGCUUGAAAUGCUCAUUUAUACCGGCAUGAGCUGUCAGUGUCGUAAUGCGAAUUCGUAAGGUUAUGAUCACGAUGAGGGACGCUUGCUACCGAAGCGGCUCCAACUCCGCUGGGAUAACUGUAAACACGAUUCUGUACUUAAGUUCGGCAUUGUUACUGACGAAUCUUUGCGUAGCCGUUAACGAUGGCGUCGCCGAUGCUGUCAAGUGCCAGUUCGGCAAACCGACGCGUAAACAGGUGUUAGCGGAACCCUUAAACGGCAUGUGCCUGAGAGAUGUUGUGUCGCACCUCUCGAAGACGCUGCGAUCCGUCGUCGACGAAGAGCUCGGCGCUUUCUCGUUCCAGGAGCUGAUUGAUAAGAUGGAAUUCGUGGAUGUCUCCAGCAAUUUGGAUGCAAAACUGAGUGCCUUAGUUGACAAAUUUAACAAUAAACUGAUGUCGCACAUUGACGUCUUUGAGCAAGUCCACGAAAUCGUAUAUCGCUUACUGACACACAAACCGUUCCCUGUCAUUUAUUCUAGUCGAAUAGUCGAAUACGAUAUGAUGGAGAUGAACAGAGUUUCAGAUAUAUGUACCGAUAUCAUGAAAGAACUUACAACACAGCUAAGAGAUCAAGAGUGGAAGAACAUGCAUAUACUGCUAAUAAACGAACCAGAUAUAAUGUGUGGGCCACCGAUAUUGACUCACAAUGUCGGACCUCUUUUAUUAUCUCAGUACUGUUCUGAAAAAAAUGUCAUUCUACUUUUGGAACAUGGCACAUUUAUGUCUGAAUCAGAACUAGCUUUGGUUCAAGUAACAGCCAAAACUAUUAUAGAUAUGCUUUCUGAAAUGGAUAAUAUUGCUGUUGUGGGCCUUGCCAAUACUGCUCCCCUGCUUUGUAAAGAUAGCUUGUUAAAGGCGACAGAUAUUAAUAAGUUUCAAUUAACCCGUUAUAUUGAUAGUUUAAGUAGAACAGAUUCGAAUGAGGUGACAAAGAUUGAUUUUAAAAAAUUAACACAAAAUCUAACUGGUGAAGUGCUUAUUGUGCAUUUGACUAAUAAAUUACAAAAUAUAUCAAACGUACAAAGAAUUUUUGAAAUAAUUUCGGAAAAGUUUAAGGCUUACCUCAAAACUGUUAUUGUUACAAACCAGCAACCGUCCACUGUUAUUAAAAAAUUAAGCAAUGACAGUAUUGUAAUUUUUCCAAUGCAAAAUGUUCUUGGAUAUGAGAUAGGAAAACUAUUUUCUUGUUUGCAAUGCCCUGAUUACCAUAAGAAAGCUUAUCAUGUCUCAGAUCCAUAUAUUGAGCCAUAUAGCAAGACAAUGACAGUAUCUAUUGGGCAAGUCACAAAAACUGCGUUAAUGUCCUUAGAGAUAAAAUUACGUGACUUCCUUGACGACAUAACAUAUUUUAAUGUUGGUCCAAGCGUAUAUGCUAUAUUUUUCGAUAGCAAAGGAGUGGUUUGGAUGCAUAAAAAUUUUCCCAGGAUUGAGACAAUAGUUGAGCAACCACUUAAGGUGCACUUGCAAGACAUUGAAAAUAUAGAUAGUCAAACAGUAUUGAAAAUGAUAAAUGAAGAGAAAGGAAUCAUGGAUGUAAAGACAAAGUUGGGCGAGCAGAAGCGGUAUAGAUGGAAACACUUAAUUUUUUAUGACUUGAUAAUAUGCCUGGUAUCAACGACUGAAGAGGGAAUAUCGCCUGUAGCGAGAAUUGUGUCUCCUCUGCCGGCAAAUAUAUUACAUCAUCGCCUCGAUCUUAUGCUUCAAACUGUCGUUGACAAAGAUACACUUUGCAUUUACAGAAACAAGAUUAUAACUUUAUCAACCGGUGUAUUUUAUCUAUCACCAUGGUGCUUUCAAUCUCCAAUGGAACAAUUGAAAUUACUGGAAACAGGUUCAGCCGUGAAUGUACAAAGUUAUAUGGCAUAUAUAAAAGAUGUAACAGGUCUUUUAGCUAAUCCCGGUCUACAUCCGUCCGUAAAACCAGACGUAGCAAUGCUAGCACAAGUUUUAGAACAUUUCAAAAAGCAGCACGUUGAGAGUUUGUUAAAUAAAUUUAUAAUAAGAAGAUACAUUGCUAGUACGGUCAGUGGAGUAUUAGAAAUAUUUCCAGGGAUGAUAUUAGAUUCUGGUUUUGAUCCCAAAAGGCGAAUGUGGUAUAGGAAAGCACUGGAACAAUUCGAUAAGAUAAUCUUAACUCCACCUUACUUAGAUGCAGGUGGAUCAGGCUAUGUAGUCACUCUAAGUCAAACUGUAAAAUAUUCUGUCAAGGCUAUUGGAAGCACAAAUUAUGCGAUUGCUAUCAUGUCUAUGGAUGUUACAAUGAGUUACAUCAUGAGAAUGUUACUGGACAUGUUUCCGUUCUGUCAUGACGCAACUGUAAAGUGUUUCCUGAUGGAUGAUAAAGGCUAUUUAGUAUCACAUCCAAAGCUGUUGGAAGCGACAGACAAGAUCGAGCAACAACAUUUAACGCACAAGGAGCUCUUAGUAGCUAACGACAUAUUGAAUCAUGGAUCGUUCGUGAAAAAAAAAUCAUGUGCUAGCCACUUAGAUGGCACUGUGCAAAGGUACUAUCAGUUUAACACAUCGCUCGACGAGGUGCUCACUAAUAUAGCACAUGGCGAGCAUUGUGUUAAAUAUCAGGUAGCUGCUGUACCGGGUACCAAUGUAUUCCUUGGUGUUGUCAAUAUGACAACUCAGUGUAAUUUGCUUAGAGCUUUUUGUCCGUGCAGCACGAUGGAUCACUCGUGCUUGAAUUGCAAAAGUAUGGAACAAACUGGUUGUGAGUGUCCUUGCGAAUGCUCCUUGUAUUCUUCUGGCUGUUCACAACAAAAUAUCGAUAAUCUGGAUCCUUGUCCGCCUAUGUAUGAGCAAGGAUCGAGUUUACAAACUCCGUGGAUAGAGCCGAUGAAUUUAAAAUCAUGCCCAUCUAUCAAUUGCAAAUCAUAUACGACGGAGAGUGACUGUUUGGGUGUCGCGGAUUGUCAAUGGUGUCAUGUCGACACUGAUGGAGAGACUCCUUUGCAGCAACCGUUUUGCUCUGAUAUGUCCGUAUGUUUUAAAGGAAUUUUUGGGUUUUUGAUACCUUACAGCGACGGCACUUACAAUUCACAAUCGACAGAUGAGAUCGCAGUACGAGAGUGGCCAUCAGUUGGACCGGUAGCUGGUGGAAUUCUUGCACUGUUCUUGAUUUUAGGUGUCAUUCUGUUCUGCUACAGACUCCGAUCAGUGCACUCGAAUCUGGAGCAUCAAUGUUUGCAUCUCCAAAUCUCGCCCGAUACAUUGCGUAUGACGCAUAUCGAGGGCGAUCCGGAACCGGCAGAAUUGGAUCAGACCAAAAAUAAUUUGGAUUGUCUCGUGAGAGACAAUGUUGCACCUAUAUCACCGUACAGAGUUUCCACCAAUUAUAGAAGGCCACCUGGUGGGGACAGUGAUCAUGGGUACAGCACAAUGACGCCUCACGAUGAUUCCGAACAGCAAACAUUCGCCUCCGAACCCCUAUUAACCAUCGACAAUAACAUCGAAUCGGAUUUGACUAAAGAAUCCGACAUCGGAAUGCCUUCCCCUACGACAUAUUUGGGAUCGCCACAUCAUGUUUUGGCACCCGUAACUGUCCAUCGCGAUAUGGAAACGAAUUACUGUUGACUGAAUGAAACUGAAUUCACUGCUAUUUAUUUAAAAGAAUAUAAUCUCAGGACACAAGAGUUAAAUGGUAAGUAUCUAAUACGUGUAGUGAUUUACUUUAUUUGUGAUUUUCGAUGCGGAAAACGUAUUAUUUUACAAGACUGUUAAUAUUAUUUUUAUUAAUCUCGAGAGACGAAAAACAUGAAUCUUUGAUUAUGCUUGAAAAUGUACGUAAUUUUUAUAAACUGUAUAUGAAUACUAAAACUUUCCAUACAAGUGCUAUAAGAACGUUUGAUAAAAUACUGAACGUUUGAUAAAAAUUUCUGAAAAAAGUACUAAAAAGGGUAGUGCAAGUUUCAUGACAUAAUUCAAAUGGCUGCUAUAUUGUGAGCGAGGAACUUAAUAAUUAUAUAGGUCGAGCAAUUUAAAAAUGUAAAAGUAUGCUAUUUUAGAAAAGUAAUUAAGUACGCUUGCCAAGUAAUAUCUUAUAUGUGUGUGUGCGUAACAAAAUUAGACAUUAAUAGUACAUUUGGGGAUAUAUAUAUAUCCCCGAAUAGCACUAUAUAUAUAUAUAUAUAUAGUGCUACACAUUCAUGUAGGAUAUAUCAUGAUAAGUGAGACCAAGUGAGACACACUUGAGAAAAGAGAAUUCAGUACUACAAAGCAAUUGACAUAUUAUGUUACAUCUUGUAUAUAAAUUAAGAAAUUUAAAUUUUAUAGUUAUUAUUAAGUAUAAAAAAUUAAUGAUAAUAUGAAAUAUUUAUAUUUAGUAAUACGACAGCUUCUACUUUGGACAAAUUAAUUUUAACUCAUUAUCUGAAAUACUGCCAUCACAUGUUCCAUGAUUAAAUCAUACGGUUGAAGAUUUUAUUAAUGGUUGAUAAGGUGAAAAAGAGAGAGAAAGAGAGAGAAAUUUGUUUGUUUUUUUACUUUUUUAAUGGUGUAUAAGACUGCCGGCGGUUUAUUAUUAUUCCAUGACUUUAUUUUUAUAAACAUGAAUCUUUUUUUUUUCCUCUACAUUUAUACAAUGUACUUAUUAUCGUGAUUUACAUAAAUAAUGUCAAAACGUUAAAAAUAUAAAUUGUGCAAAAUAAUUUUAGAAAACUGUACAUAUAGAAUCUAUAGUGUAGGUACUAUUUUACAUAUAUAUAAAUUGUUACUUUCUAUUAUUUUUCUAUUCUUAUGCGAGUAUAUUUAAGUAUUUCUUUUAAAGCGAUAUCGUAAUUUUAUUAAUGCAAAAAAAUCGCGAUGAAAAUAAUGAAAUAAGAAAAGAGGAAUCUGGAAUGUGUCAAUGAGAUAACAUAUAAAUUCCAGUCUUAUCGAUACGAGGCUAUUGACAUAAAACAAAUGUUAUUUUAAUGUUUAAAAAUUAGUAUUUUUAUAUAGAAACAUUAUUAAAAGCAAAUAUGCAGUCGCGAUGAAAACAAAUUACAUUAUUAUUGUAGUUUAUAGUAUAAGCUUUUCUAUGAAAGUAUUAUAUAAAGUUUUACAAUGAACAUAUUUUAUUGACACAAUACAAUACACUAUACUUUCAUUUAUGCGUAUCUCGCGCGAUACGUAGGGAGAAUCCGGAAGAGUUGAACCACGUUUUACUUGAAGGUCCAUAAAAUUUAGUGUAAUUGAUAUAUAGAUUUUUUAUUCAUGUGAAAGUAAAGCCUUAUAUGGCUACAAUUUGUGGAAUUUGUAAUUUCAAUAAGUUUAUAAACGUAAGUGUUAUAUUAAUUUAAAGAAAAAACGAGAUUUGGUUCAUCUCUCCCCAAGGGGUGGGAGACAUGACCCACCCCUAUAGGGAGAUUUGACCAUACCCUAUAAACCCAGAAAUAAUAAUAAAAAUGUAUUUAGGCCGGUAUUCAUAGUCGAAUCUUAUAUUUAAGGCCGUCUUAGGUACGAUCUUAAGAUGUUAUAAACCAAUCACAGAGCCGUAUUUGCAUCUUAAGACAUUACUUAAGACGGUCUUAAGAUAAGAACCGACCAUGAAUACCAGCCUUAGACUUCAGUUUAUAUUAAGAACUCACAAAUUUAGACAUUAAAAUCACAUCUCUAAUGUUUUAAUUGAGCUUUUUGAACAAAAUUAACAAAAAAUAAAAACUGAACUAAAUAUCUAUAUGCCUUCACAUGAUUUUCAUUAAUUUUCACAACAAAAAAUAAUCAAAAAGAACUUCUAAAACAUUUAAAUUAACUAAAAAUAAUUAUUUUGAGAUCAAUCAUUCAUAAACUAAAUAGAAAUUCUUGAAAUAAUAACAAAAAACCUUUGUAUUGACUUCCUUCGGCUUCUUUUUUUCAGUUUGUUUCCGUCCCUCCAUAUAUCUGCGUAAUGUAAUUCUAUUUACAUCGUAUUGAUUGCAACUUUUCUUAUAUCAUACCUCUUCCAAUAUCUUCUAACGCAUUUUUCAACGCCUGCUCACUGAAUUGAUGUUGAGUAGUACCCUCUUUUGGUUUGUAUCGAAUGGCAUCUUGCCAUUGAGAAUUAAAAAAAGUUCUUUUUUUUUUUUGUUUUAUUAAAAUAAUAGAAAUCUUUAUGGGUAAAAGAGGGGAGCCACUGACCGGACAGUUGACUCACUGAUCCCCAAUUCGGGUGGUUCAAAUCUCAUACCCGGUACCAUCUUGACUUUGAUAGUUUUGCAGAAAAAAUAAAAAUAAUAGGAUAAAAACACUAACACUACCUCAAACUACGAUAAUAUAUGGUGUAAAUAACGUAUAAUGUUUUUACAAACCUUGACAUAUAAAAGUAUGAUGAUAAAAUAAACAAAAAUAUUUUUUUUAUUCCGAGCACGUUAAAACACGUUUGUCUCACUCAUAGCCGAAACACACUGCCGAGCACCAUGUUGUCACGUGACAUAGUAGCUGCCGAUUACCUGUAUGUACCUCGCGGUUUGACAACUACGCGCUUCACGCCAAAUUUGAACGAGAUAUUUGAAAUGGUUCAACUGUCCCGUAUGAUCCAGUCUCCCGAAGACUCCCCCUAUACUUUAACAAAGUGACAUGAAUAGACUUUUCAUUUCUUACAGUUUUCAGUUAAAAAGAGCGGCAAAAUAUAGACAAUAUUAAGAUGUGAUUUGUACCAAGCCUGCACAACUUUGCUGGUCCACCAGGCAGCAAGUCGGUAUGUGUCAGUAACUGAGUUAAAUUAAUACCCUAACACACUUGUUGCUCUAUGUAUCAUCGAUGGUAUGCGACGCUUCCUUGAGAAAAGAAAAUGGGCCCCAAGGACGUCUAAUCAGCAAGUUGUGCAGGUCUGAUUUGUGCCAACAAUGGCGAUGACGAACUUACGUGGGAUAUGCGUACACCGUUUUGACUUGUACUUACAAAGAAAGCUAACGUCCGUUGAUGUAUUGUUAUCGCUAAGAAUGCAGUGUAAAAUACUGUUUUUUUUUUUAAGAUGCACUGCGUGAAAAAUUUGUGCCGAGCGAGAUUUUAUACAUUGUAUCAGUAUUUUUUACUAUUAAAAUCUGCAUUUUAUUAUUA